CCUACUUUCAAGCCUCAUAACACACACAAUUUUAUUAUUCUAAAUCAUGUUCCUUUACAACCCAUCAAGUCCCGUCAAGUCCCCCACUAUGCAUGGCUUAAUGCCCAAAGAAAUACAUCGUACUCCCUAAGACAAACAAAAAAAAAAGAACGGAGAAGAAACCGUCGACUUCUUCUUUGCGUAAAACAGGAGACGGUCUUCUUCAAAGCACCAACGUUUCUCCAUUAAUUUCACUCAAUUAAAGCUCGGAAGGCUCCAAACGGAAAAAUCUCCUUCGGAUAUAAAUUAGAGCAACAUUGACUCAAAGGAAGGGGGCAAACAGCGGAGACAACUACAAGAAAGCCGCGGCCUAGCGGCGGAGGCGGACGGCCUGGAGACGCAAACCGGCCGUCGCAGCAGUUCCGGCGAGCGGAGAAAAAGUUUAUUAAAAUGCAUAAGGUAUUGGCGGUUUGUGAAUAGAUUAUGCAUGAGAGUUAGAAUGAAAAAAAUCGCUCUUUUAUAAACUUUUUCUAUUGUGUAAGUAUAUUUUCGUGCUUGAUUGUGAUACGAACUCGUAUCGGAUAUGGAAGACUUAGAGCGUCUUCAAGCUCCUGAGAAUAUGGGACGAGGAAGAAGAAGAAGAAUUGAGGCGGAGGAGAGAAUCGGCGAACCGAGGGAGGAAGGGGAUUAGGUGCAUAAAUUAUGUAAUAUAUUGUCUACGUGCCUAUUAUACGUGUAAUGUUCGAUUUGUGUUUGUUCCCUUUUUCAUUUUGUUUCGGGAUAUUUUAUAAAUUUUUAAUUUGUUUUGGACCGCACGACAAGUCCUCGAUAAAUUUUGGCGCCGUUGCCGGGGAAAGUAUUGUAUGAAUCAGUUUAGUAUGUGUUUUUGUUCUUUGUUCGUAUGAAAGCAUGUUGUAGAAAUAACCUCUUUUCUCUUUUCCACACUAUUUUGCUGGUUAAAUUCAUAGAAUUGAGGUUUCGUUGUGCUUGAAAAAACUAGAUUCAGCAUGUUUGAGUUGUCUUUAAUGCUGAAUUUUUGCUCCACUCGCUAUUUUCAUGACACUUUUGGCCAAUUUUUCAUAAAAAUUGCUUUUUGAAGCUACUUUUUUGCACAUUUACUUGCUGAUUCCUUUUUUAUCACUUAUGCAUGCUAGAUUUGAGUCACAUGGGUGUUGCUUGUUUCAUAUAUUUUAUAUAUGCAACGUGCAUGAGCAGAUUAUUUUGCAUUUAGUGCUGUUUUUGUGUGCUCAAGUGCUUGAAUUUGCUACUUCCUUACUUAAAUGUGCAUUUGGAUUGAAGUAAGCAUAUAUGUUUUAGCUGAUUUUGAUUGCAUUAGGUGCUGCAAAGUGUUAUUUGAAGUUUUUUAAGAGAAAAAUCUGCACUUUUUGGUUGAUUUGCAAGCUGAAUUCAUGUUCCUGAAAGUGCAUAGUUGCUUAAAAUUUUCUUUUAGAACAAAAUCUAAUGCUAUAACAUGAUGUCAAAGGUCAUAUUCCUUAGUAUUUGAUGCUACAUUUGCUUAAAAAUCUGAUUUAUACAUGCUGUUUUUUUAAAGAAACUGCACUUUCAGCUUUGUUUUCAUGCUGUUUUUGUCCUCCAAUAGGGCUGAUUUGCUUAAAUAUGAACUAUAAUUGAUAUAUCUUACUUGGGGAUAAUAUUUUGAAGCAUGCCAUGAUGUUUUCUUGCUGAUUUUAAUGUUUUAGGAGCUGAAUUUUAGAAAAACCUAAUCUAAAGUGCUGUUUUUUUUUUUAAAACUGCAUUCUUUUCUUGAUGUGCAUUGAUUUUUGAGUUCCAUAGAUGCUUAUGUGAUCAAACAUGAACUCUAAUUAAUAAAAUAUGCAUAGGAACUAAUUUUAAAAGCAUAUAGCAUGACUUUUUAAGUUGAUUCUAAGUUACAACAUGUAAUAUAUGCUUAUUUUGGAUGAACAUUGAGCUGUUUUUUUGAAAAUUCAGAUGUAUGCUUACCAUUUUUUUUCCAGAAAUCUGCGUUUUUAGUGGUUUGCAUGUUGAAUUUGUAUUCUCUGAAUGCUUCUACACCUAAAACAUGAACCUUUCUUGCUAAAUUUUGUUUAAGAACUGAUUUUAGAAGCUCAUGGCAUAUUUUUCAAAGUUGGUUUAUGACACUUAUAUGCUGAAUAAUGGUUCAUCCAAAUUGAAGUGAGAAUUUGAUUUUGUGCCUUAAUUGACCUUUUGGUGACAAUAUUUGAGUGAAAGUGGAAACAAAAGCAAAAUUCUUAAUUUUACUCUUUUUUUGUGUUUUAAACAAGUGAAAUUUGCACUAAAUAGGACUAAAACAUAAUCACUUUCCUAAUGUUUUCCUAAUGUAGGACUUAAACUUUUUUAUUCCCUAAAUAUGACUUAUUAAUGACCUAGUGGAAGGAAUAAUGUCCAGUAAUGAUAGAUAUUUAAUUGAAUAAUGACUACUUGAUAAUGACCAAAUGUCCUACAUUGGGAAAUAAAAACAUAUGGUCAUAUAUUGAGAAAGUCAUUAUGUUUUAGUCCUAUUUAGGUUGGAGCAUCUCUGUUUGGAGUAAAAAUCUGCACAGUUGAGUGCAAAUCUGUUUUGAAACAACAAUACUUGGUGCCCGGGUAUUGGUACUCAGGCUGAGAAACAAUUUUAAAAACUAGAAUUAGAUAAGACUAAAUCAGCUCAAAUUAGACAUUAAUAAAAUCAAUUGAGAUCCAAGACGUAACAAGCUCUUACUCACCGAAUAAAUUAAAAUAAAAAAAAUAAAAUUAGCAUAGAUACGACCUUAUUGAAACCAGAACGAGUUCCCUAUACGAUAUCUUAAAACAGGGUUUCUAAUAUAUUCAUUUGUUCUAAAUUAUUUAUCUUUGCCAUUUUUAUAUAUUUGGUGAUUAUUUCAUUGUAAGUGAUCUGGAAGGACAACUCUUUUUGAAAUAUUGGAAUAAUAAAAUUACUCAUUGAUUUCUGGAGUACAUGGUUGGGUAUAUAUAUAAGAGAGACCCUUAACACAAUUAGAAAUAAAGAAUGAAAACUAACUAAAACUAGGAGUGAGCAAUUUAAUCGAACCGACCGAUUAACCGAUACACUUUAACCGAACCGACCGUAAUUUUAAAUUCGGUUUCGGUUUUAAUCUCAAAAAUAUUCGGUUAAUUCGGUUAUCGGUUUCGGUUUUGGGCAAUGUUAACCGAAACCGACCGAAUAACCGAGCCCAUAAUAUGUGUAUUAAAUAUAUGUAAGCCCAGACCAAAUCUUUUAGUUAUAGCCCACAUAAAAAAACCCAAUUCCCAGCCCUUCUCCUUACCCAAUUCCCAACCCGUCUCCCAAGUCGGCAGAAAGUCCCAAAUCCCAACCCUGUCUCGUUCUCGUCUUCUCGGUCCUCACCAAUCGACAAUCACCAUCUCACAUUCUCCAGUUCCAGUUCCUGCGUUCUCAAGCCGACGCCAUUCACGCCAAGAUCUUGCAAUCAUCAUCCCCGUUCCGGCGUCACCAAUCGGCAAUUACCAGAUCAAAAUUCAAGAGCAAAGUCAAUGAAGUCAAUAGCUUCCCAUGAUUCACAAUGUGAAGAACAAAAUGAAACCCAAAAUGCAUCAAUUACUGAAGAAAGUAGGGCAAAGUCCUCAUGUUCUAGACCUAAGAGAAUGGAAAGGAGCGCACCUUCAACAAGAUCUGAGGUUUGGGAUCAUUUUACUAAAUUUACCAUUACUAAAGAUGAUGUUAUACUCCAUAAAGCUAGAUGUGAUCAUUGUGGUAGAGAAUUUGCUGCAAAUACUAAAAGUAAUGGUACAAGCUCUUUGAAAAACCAUUUAAAAAAUUGUGUGAGCUUGCCUCGUGAGAAAGGGGAUGAUGAUCAAAUUGAGUUAAUAUGCGGAACCGUUGAUGGGGAGGGAAAUGUGCCAAUAACUUUUGGAAAGUAUAGCGCAGACACACUUAAGAAGGGUAUAGCAGAAAUGAUUAUCAUCGAUGAACUUCCAUUUAAAUUUGUUGAGGAAAGGGUUUUAAAAAGUGCAUAUCCAUUGCUGCUCCAAGAUUUAAAAUGCCUUCUCGAUGGGUAGUUGCUAGAGAUUGUUAUGGAAUUUACUUAGAAGAACGAGCUAAAAUAAAGAAGUUGUUUCAAGGUGCCAAAGUGUCACUUACCACUGAUUGUUGGACGUCUUUGCAAAAUGUCAAAUAUAUUUGUCUAAAAGCUCACUUUAUUGACGAAAAUUGGAAAUUAAAUAAGAGGAUAAUCAACUUUUGUCCAAUUGAUUAGUAUGGGAACAUCAUUGCUUAAAGGAAAAUACUUUCACAUGAGAUGUGUGGCUCAUAUUGUUAACCUCAUUGUUAGUGAUGGCAUGAAGACAAUGAAUAGCUCCAUUUAUAAGAUAAGAAGUGCUGUUAAAUAUGUUAGACAAUCACCUGCCAGAAUGCAUAAGUUCAAAGAAUGUGUUGCAUUUUCAAAGAUUGAGUCUAAAUCUUUGUUGAGCUUAGACGCGUGUACAAGGUGGAACGCAACAUGUUUGAUAUUACAUUUUGCUCAGAAGUUUGAGAAGGCAUUUGACAGGUUUGAGGAUGUCGAGAGUAAUUACCUAACUGCUCUCAUUGAAGAAAAAUGGAUUCCUUCUCAUGAUGAUUGGGAAAUUGGUAAGAACUUAAGCAUAUUUUUUGGAGCAUUUUUAUAAUCUCACAAAAAGAGUUUCUAGUUCCUUGUAUGUCACAUCUAAUGUUUAUUUGGAAGAAAUAUGUGAUGUAUAUUGUACUUUGAAUGCUUGGGCGAGGAGCGAAGAUGAACAAUUUAAAGAUAUGUCUUUAAAGAUGCUUGAUAAAUAUCACAAAAAAUGUAUUCGGAAGAAGUUGCAAAAACAUUGCUUGAAAAGGUCAAAAGUACAAUAGACGAAUUAUUUGUGGAGUACAAAAAAUGGCAGACGCUCUUGGAAACACUUCUAGUGCACAAACUACUUUAACCCCACAAAGUAGUUUGAACACUUUAAGUGCUAUUGUUGAUUCUAACACAAUCAGUGAAACCAGUACCAAGAAUGAAUUUAGGAAAUAUAAGAGUUCGUCUGUUCGUGGAGGGCAAAAAUCAGAUUUGGACAAGUACAUCACCGAUGAGUUUGAUGAGGAUGUAGAUAGUUUUGAUAUUCUAGGAUGGUGGAAAAAGAAUUGCCACAGUACAGGUGGUCGUGUCCUUAACUCGUACAGGAGUUCUUUAACUCCAAAAAUUGUCCAAGCUCUUAUUUGCCCUCAAGAUUGGUAACGACAAGGAGCAUAUUGUAGCAUUCACGAGUUUGAAAGUGAAGUUUCUGAAUUGGACAAAUUAGAUGAAGAUUUGUCCAAACUCAAGUUGGAUCUCGUUAUUGAUGCUUAGAGAUGUGAAGACAUUGAGAUCUUGAUUUUGGUAAUCCGAUUGAUGGUGAUGGGUGACAUCCAGUUCUGACGGAAUUGAGCAUCGAAGUCAUGGGAGAAUUUUCAGUUUAUUACUCCCUCCGUCCCCCUAAGAUCUUCUCAUUUUGAUUUUUUACGGUUUUUAAGGAGAGUUGAAAAAAGGUGGAAAUUUACGAAAAUACCCUUAAUGAAAAUGGGUGGGGUGCAUUAAAUAAAGUGGAAAAGGUGUAAUAAACAAAGUAAGUGUGGGUAGUUGUGGUAUUUUAAAUGUUAAAAAAAGUAAUGAGAAGAUCUAUGUGAGACAAAUAAAAAAGGCUAAUGGGAAGAUCUAUGGGGACGUAGGGAGUAUUAUUUUGAACUUUUUAAAGCUCUACUUGGAUUGUUAUCAAUAUUAUUGUUGGCUUUUAUUACUCAUUUUGGGGCUCUACUUUUGUU